AUGGGACCGACGAGGACGCUGAGGCUCGGCCUGCUGGGCUGCCUGCUGCUUCUCCCCUGGCUGCGCGGGCAGGAGCCGGCUGCCUGCGCCUGGGGCUGGGUGCCCUUCGAGGAGGGGUGCUACGGCUUCUUCCCCCAGGAGCUGAGCUGGAGAAGGGCAGAGGCCUUUUGCCAACGCUUCGGCACGGACACCCACCUGGCCUCGGUGCACAGCGCGGAGGAGCACCAGGCCAUCGCCACCCUGCUCUCCUCCUCCCGCUCCGGCGAAGACAGCGAGGAGGAGGAGGAUGACGGGGAUGACAGCGUCUGGAUCGGCCUCCACCGUCCCCUGAAGAGCCGCCGCUGGCAGUGGUCGGACAGCUCGGAGGUGGACUACGGCUCCUGGCACCAGCAGCCCGGUCUCAGGAGGAGAGCCUGCGCCGCGCUGCAGGACGCCGCCGAUUUCAUGACGUGGUACAGCGAUGCCUGCGCCGACAGAAAACCCUUCAUCUGCAAGUCCAGCGCCUAG